AUGGUGCGACUUCUGGUGAUGAUUACGAUUUCGACCAUCUUCUUUGCAACUGGGUUUGCUGUAAGCUAUCCAUUUUAUAAAAAAUAUAUAGUGUGCAUUCCAGCUGGACCAGACGGCCGCCUUGUCAACUACGCUUGGAACGAGACGAGAUUGGCUUCUGGUAGGAACGUGCAGGACCAAGUGCUGGCUGACAUGAAGGAUAGGCUGAACCAUGUGCCCCAUGGCUUCGUGGAUUUGUGCACCGUGAAGAAUUUCGACGGCAAUGACAACCUCUUUGUGGGUUGCACGGCUGGUAUCCCGUCCGGCGAGUGCCAGGAUUGCGUGGGGAAGGCGACCGCCGUCAUACGUGACAAGUGCCCCGAUGGGGUCGGGGCUCAGGCCGCCGCCCCGAAAUGUUGUGUUCGGUACGAGACGUACAAGUUUUGCGAGCUUUGA